UCCAAUUCCCAAAUCAUCAUCAUCAUCAUCAUCAGAAGAAGAAGAAGCAAAGAUGUGGAUGGAGAUCAUCUGCGGUCUCGUCCUAUACCAACUCGUCCGCCGUUUCUUCUCCGAUGACGAAUUCGCCGACGUCGAGACUUCCGAUUCCACCGCUCUCUUCUCCGUUGCUCACAGACUCGAGAAGCUUUACGGUGGAAAGGCUUUUGUAGGGCUUCGAAUUCCAGAUGCCGAUACUAGUUCUAGACAGGACGUUGAUAUUGUUCUCGUCACUAAAGAUGAAGUUUUUGUGGUUGCUGUGAAGAAUCUAUCUGGGAUUGUUACUGUAGCGAGUGAUGGUAGCUGGGUUUGUGAAGGUGGCAAGCAUCAUCAUACUACUGAGACUUACCCUGAUCCUCUUGCUGAGGUCAAGAAACAAGCUUCAGUUCUUGAAUCAUAUCUUGAACAGAGGGGUGUUACUUUACUAGAAGGAAAUCUGUCUUGCAAAGUUGUGAUUCCUAAUCCAAGUUUUCGUACAAUUCAUGCAUUCCCAAGUGAGGUAAUUACCUAUGAAGAGUGGCAACUCAUGAAACCAGUAUCAAAAAGCAAACUUUCUGGUUGGGUCAAAGGCGCAUUCAGCACAGGAAAAGAGAUGCAGGAAUCGUCGCAUCAAAAAACUAAUUUCAUCCUUGGCACAGCACCAAUGUGGGAUAGAUUGGAGCUUAAAAGUAGCAAAAUCGUGUUAGGGGAAUUCCUCGAGUUUAAAGGAAAGCAGGAAGAUACCGCCGCUUUAAGAAACAUCAAAAGAUCAAAAGUCGACCGUAUCUCUAUUCAGAAAACAAGCAUGUUUGGAUUAGCUCCUUCGAGGUUGCAGGUUCUGUACUCGUAUAGGGACUAUAGAAGUGAAGGCAGUUCCGGGGAAGAGUCUAAAGAAGUGACUGUCCGGUCCAGCACCGAGGUUAUGUUUCAGCUAAGAGACUCAACAAAGGUGAAGAAAUUCAAGCUAUCGUCACUCGUUUCCAUUUCACUAAGUGCCUAACUGUGAAGUGAGUCUACUACAAUUCAGGCAGCGGAAGGUUGUAUAAAUAUCUGUACUAUGUUAAUUGCAAUUUCCAUGACAGAAGUAAGUUUAUUAUUUACAAGAGUAUCAACCUUUUUUUGGAAA